CUACCCAAAACCCAGUGACCUGUACUAAUCUAGAUUUAGGAAAAAUGUAGGAAAAAAGUUAUUUGUCGUUUCUGUUGAUAAAUUGAAAUGUCAUUUCGGGCCUGUGUUCGUACAAUAUCGUGAUUUAUCACAACCUUGCCAUUUAUGCAACCACGCAAUUCCGAUUAUCAGAGCUGCACAGGGAAUUAACAGCCUAAUUCCAAUUAUUUACAUUAGUGAUUACUCUGCGAAUGUAGUGUAUCAGUUCGUCGAUAUGUGCUUUUAGGAUUGAGUUCCUAACUUUAUAAAGGGCUCUCCUUACAAAAAUGUUAUCGUAGGAUAUUUAUAGUAUAAUCUUUAUUUGUAUUGUAUCAAACCUCGAUAACAAUGAACUCUAUAAAAACAACAGAGAAGCCACCAUUGAAAUACACCUGUAUACUCGUACUACAACAGAAAGCUAAAGUAAUUUACAGAAAACCAUCGAUUGUUUAUGGCAAGCUGCCUGAAAUAUAUAAGCUAGCCGAAACCUACAGAGCAAAAGGAGAUGAGGAGGCCGAGUACAUCAUGUUGCAGAGAUGGGUGAACACCAUCAAUUGGUUGAGAUGUACGCCGGAGUAUAGAAACGACAAAAUGUUAAAGAAUGCGCAUAUCAAUAAUCAGAUGAGCGAAGUAAAAAAAAUACUUGCAGACUUGAAUCAAAGGUUAGACACUCAAUACAAGCAGCUAAUGAAAGAGAAACUAUCAAAGAUCAAAAGCGUCGAGAAAAUGGACGUGGACGAUGAAGUCAGUAAUGAUUCCUAUAUGGCUCUAGUUGAUGGUCCUAUAAACUUGCCAGAAACACCGACCAGGGACCCGUUAGUUGGCGACAACGAAGAAAUUAUAAACUGCAAUCAACUAUAUCAAUUGGUACAGGAUGUGUACAAUAGAUAUUUGAUCAUCGAUAUUAGAUCGAAAACUGAAUACACCAAUUCUAGAAUAUUGUCUUAUAAAUGCAUGAACAUUCCUAGUAGCGAGAUAAAACCUGGUCGGACGUCUAUGCAUUUACAAAACUAUGUCAGUAGAGAUCCGAUCGCUGUGGAACUAUUUAGAUGUAGAGGACAGCAAUACGUCGACAUUACAAUUUUACUCGAUUGGAACACGUCGAGUAAAACGUUAACAUCUGACAACCCUCUGAACACGUUACGUAACAUUUUAGAAAAUUGGGACCCUGGUGUAAAACACAAGAAAAUCACAAUUUUAGAUGGCGGUUACGCGGAAUGGCUAACUCGUUAUCCAGCAUUUACUACGAAUCCUAUUAUCGCGGAGCCUGCCUCGAAUAACGUUUCAAAGGAGAUACUCGACGACAUAGAAUACCCUGAUUGGAUACAUUCAGACGACAAAGACAGUAUUAGUAAAACACGCGAAAAUAAAUCGAACGGUACGAAGCUUGUAAAUAAGGACGUAUCAUCGAACGUGAACGUUCUGAGCGACAAAAUACUCUUCAAACAUGCGGACUCGGAACUGAGCAACAAUACUUCAUCGCGAGCCAACAAUAUCAAAAACGUUUCUAUAAAUCUAGAAAGAAUUCCUAUAGACGUUACGACGAGAAAGUAUAAUGAUAAUUCGUUGAAACUUCAACAUAAAAAACUAUUAAGCACGAUAAAGAAAACAGAUAUACCCGCGAAACCGAUUGUCGAUCGUAGUAACAAACCAGUUACUUUGGACACGGGCCCUUCCAAUUCACAGGCGGUCUUGAAACUGAUGAGGCAAUUGUACGAAAUUACAAAACAAAAAGAGGCGUUGGAACAAAAAGUGUUGGAACUGGAACGCACUUUGUUUGUACAACACGGUGUUAACUCCAUAGGUUGGAACGACGAGGAAAUUCACGGUGUACUGAAGUCUCUGUGCUCGAAAUUAGAAGAAAAGCAAAACGAAUACAAGAGAGUCGAAGAUGAACUCGACAAAUAUACGAAUUCCACGAACAUCGAGUCGAUCAGGUAUAAUGCCACAGAAGAAAGUGAGAAAAGCACUCUCGAACUCAAUCUCGGUACAUUAAAAAUGCGUAUGAAAGAUACGGCUACGGAACGGAAGAAACUACGAGAAAAAUCUAUGAAGAAUGAUUAUAAGGAAGCAUCAACAAUGGAAAGUGAAAAUAAUGUUUUCAAGGAACCUCUCAAACCUGACAGCCCUUCGAUGGGUGGUAAUUUGGAACGUUCGUACUCCUCCCCUAAUUUGUUACAGUUUAUAGAUCAUAAAGCACCACGAGUGGACAGGUCCUCGAAGCCCCAGGUACCUUCGUACAACCAAAAUGGAUCUUCUGGCAGUGACUAUAAAAUCUCUCACCAUAGUUGGGCGAAUUGCGAAGAAAGAAUGACACCUGUUCAUGGAAGUGUCCAUCCAGGUAUCACUGGGUUGAAGAACUUAGGCAAUUCGUGUUACAUGAAUAGUAUAAUACAGUGCUUGAGUAAUACAACGCAGUUAGCUAAAUACUUCACUGACAAUUUGUACACCGACGACUUGAACACGAAUGACGACAGCACUCAGGGUCAAGUUGUCGAGGAGGUGGCGCAAGUAAUCAAAGCACUCUGGCGUGGCCAGUACAAGAGCAUCUCUCCUCACGAUCUGAAGAUCGCCGUGGGGCAAUACAAAUUACAAUUCGACAGUUACGAGCAACAAGAUUCUCACGAAUUUUUAACGUUUCUGUUAGAUUGGAUGCAUAACGACUUGAAAAAGAACUGCAAAGCGCCAUUAGAAAUGACAGUUGCAGAAGAAGCGUGGCAUAAAGCAAUGGGGUCUCAAAAGUCCAUAAUAUCCGACCUGUUCUUUGGUCAGCUAAGAUCAACCAUUACUUGUAGCUUCUGCAAACAGAGUAGUACCACGUAUGAGACUUUUAACAGCUUAACGACAUCGUUACCUCACUCCAAUCGGUGUACGUUGAGUGAUUGUAUUUUGAGAUUCGUAACUGGCCAGAAAGUAGUGGGAUGGAAAUGUCCAAAGUGUCAGACGCCACGAGAGGCUAUGAAAAAGUUCGAUUUUGUCAAACUUGCUCCCGUCAUAGUGAUACAUUUGAAUCGUUUCGCCGAGAGCGGCGGUUGGCUCGAGAAGAGGAACACCGCUGUCGAUUUUCCUCUCACUGGCUUUAAUUUGAAACCUUACCUGGUUAUGGACGCGAAUACUCCCGCGAAUAUGCAUAGCUACAAUUAUAGUUUGUAUGCUAUGUCUAACCAUUACGGAACUAUGGAAGGUGGUCACUAUACAGCCUUUUGUAAAAACGCUGCACAGAACAAGUGGUACAAAUACGACGACCAUACAGUCACAGAAGUUCCUGAGAGCCAAGUGAGGUCUCAAAACACCAGCGCCUAUCUAUUAUUUUAUACGUCAUUCUCAAGUAACAUUAUUUAGUAUUAAUACAAAGGGCCAACGAGUCCGGCUGACAUGGAUAAUUGAUUACUUAAAUAGUCGUAAAUAUUAUGUGAUUAUAUAGAUAUUAAAUAUUUUUUGUAUGUACAUUAAAUAUAUAUUAUGCGAUUCUACGCAUAUACUGUGACGGCGGUAAAGGCUUGGCCGGUGCUGGGAUAUUCUAGAGAUAUGUAAAUAAAUAAUUAAGUACUAAUUAAGCCGGAAUAUUAUUUCGGUGAUUUGUUAAAGUGGUAUCACGUAGAUCGACAGAAGGAAGUUAAAAAUGCAUCACAAAAAUAUCUAGCUUGUAUUAUACUUUGUACGGUACUCCGAUAAAUUUCAGUAAUGUUAAUUCACUCUGUACCUUUAUGUGUUAUUAUCACUUAAUUAUUUGAUGGUUCUUCUUUGCAUUGUCAAUCAUGAAUGUAAUAUGCUUUCGUUCAGCACAAUGAUCAUUUCUCCACUUUCACUGACUUCGAUAUUAUCUUUGUUUGCAAGCAUAUUGCUUUAAAUUAUUUCUACCAUUACUUUUCGAAAUCUUUAGCAACAAUCACACUAUUUAUUUCGUAUGUACUUAUGUAACUUUCAUUGGGUAUGCAUAUUUUCAAAGUGCCAUCACUAGUUUGCUUAUUUUAUAUAUGAAAUAAAAAUUUACAAGCUUA